AUGUGCAGUAUCAGGGAACAACUGGGUCGCACGGAGAGCUGGGUGUACGUCAAUGUAUCACCACCCUUCCCCUUCCGCCACCACCUCUUCCACCUCCUCCCACACUUCCUUUCGAGGAGGCGUUCGUCUGGACUCACUCUAUGCCUUCUCACCCAUUUCAAACAAGUGGUGAUCGUCAUGAAUUUCGAGCAACAGGCGGUUCCUUUUCUUGCUCUCUCCCCCCUCCUCUCGCCUCCUCUCUCUAUCAUCAACCCUCAGGUGGAUGAAGCAGGCAUGCCAAAAGGGAAGUGGAGAAAACUUCCUCCACGCCGGCGGAUGGGGUAA